AUGACUUCGACCAUGCAUAGGAAAUCAGACUCUGGGAAAAAAACAUCCGAUUUUGAGGAGUCCACAAACUUUGUCGCUGCAUUGAUGGCAGAUAUAACCGCAACUUGGUCGCACAAUGCAAUUGCAAGCUUACCAUUGACCGAUUACAGAGAAGCCACUUCUGCAGAAUCUGCCUUGUUUAGCUUCAAGCGAUUCACAGACAUGCACAUCGACGACGAGUCGAUGCUAGAAAAGUCGAAAAUCCAAAAUUCAUAUUUCUCGUCCGCGUUGAGGCUAAAGCAACUUUAUGCAAAGGUUUCUAACCAACCGGGAUCAAAGUUCACGCCAGAAAUAAUUGCACUGAUAAAGGAAAUUCCAUUGUUCCAAUUUCCAAUUGAUCGUCUACAGGAAACGUAUGCCCAAUUUGAACAACAAAAGGCAUCAACCCUACAAAAGAAGGAUGAUUUUGAAGACGAAAUCAAGUUCCUUCGGACCAGACUCUCCCUAUCCGAUAUGGAGUUUAUCCGAACAGAUGACCAACUAGCUAUUUUGGAGGCCGAAGUAGACAACUUGGAAUUGGAAAUUCAAAGGGCUUCACAUGGUCUCAAUAAAAUAAGCUAG